AUGCACCAACUGCUGUGCCUCCUCUCCUCCGCCUCCUGUGCGGCGGCGAUGAUGGCUGCCUCCUCCUCCUCCUCCUCCUCCUCCUCCUUUUUCCUCACCGCCGCCUCCUCCUUUCAUCCCACCGCAAGCUUGCAACCCCUAGCAUUCGUCUCAGGAUGUUCCAUUCUAGGAGGAGGGAAGGGAAAGGUCGCAAUGGUGGGGAGGCUUGCACAGAGGCAUCCAGUGCUCUCGCCACGGACAACAUGUGAGAAGAUCCAGCUUGUCAUGAUGAGCAGUGAAGACGGGAAAGAGAGGAAGAGGAAGGAAGUCCCUGCACAUGUCCAGGACAUUCUCAAGCGGGAACUCAGGGAGGAUGUGAUGGAACAUCCUCCUCGGGUCUCGGACUUCAAAGGUCUGGGGAUGGAGAACAGGACGAGGUAUCAGCUCAUUCCUGACACUCUCUACGUCAGAGGCAUCCCUUACUCCAUGAACGACGACGAGCUCCUGAAGCUCUUCCAGGGUUUCAAGGCUGUCUCCGCCAAAAUAGCUCGCGACAAGGCGAGAAAUUCGACGUCGCUCGGGUUCGCGUUCGUCAAGUUUGUGUCCAUGGAGGAGGCGAAGAAGGCGUUGGACUCGCUGGACCGCAAGGAGGUGACGGUAGAGGAGAAGACGCAAGGAAAGCAGCUCGCGGCACAGGAGGUCAUGCGGAAGAAGCAGGAGAUUGAGAUGAAGCGAGGAUCUAAGGUCAUCGACUCGUGGGACGAGGUGCCGAGGAGGUGGAAAGUGAUGGCGGACAAGGUGAAGAUGAAGAAGAACUCGAUGGUCGCCGAUGACUCGUACGACGAUGAUCGAGCCUCCAAGGCCGUCGAGGAGUUCCUGGCGCGAGGAAAGAUAGAGGAAGUGUCCUUCCAGCAGCAUGUCAAGGACUCAGAGGAGACGCUGGGGAUGGAGGGAGGCGAGAUCCUCUUCGACCUCGACGAAGAUGACGAGGACGAGGACGAGGACGACGAAGUCUGGCAGUUCGUGCCGGAUGGAGAUAUCACUGACGUGAGGAGCGGGAAGGACGUUGAAACCAUCGAGGACCUCGAGGAGGAGCGAAGGAACUGGGAGGAAUACAAGAGGAUGCAGCGCUUGAACAAGGACAAUCUCAAAGAUGCGAGCGACAUGAAGCCCUCGGGCGCUCUCCGAUCAGGACAGAAGAAGAUGAAGACCUGGACGAGGGAACAGGAGUGA